UCGCCCUCCGCCGCUGUGCCUAUUUACGGCCACGACGCUGCCUGCGCGGCCAGCUUCUUGUUUGCUUCUUUCUGCUGCUGCGCCAUGUGUGCGUGCAUCUGCUGCUGCGCCCCCACGGGCGAGGCCACUAUCAGGGCCAUCCAUGAGCCCCCAGGCCCGGCGGAAGGCACUGCUCAACCCAUCGCCAUGAACACAAUUCCACGCCGGGGGAGCGUCUCUGGAGCUGCCCAAAUCGACGGGAAACGACAAUGGCUGGCGGUAGCUGUGCACCAUGUCGCUGCAUGGUAGCGUCCCCGACAGGUGCAUCUUGGUACACGACCUUUGGACCCUAGCAUAUCCCUUUACCAGACCCCUCCGGCGGCGGCACACUGCUGGCCCCGACGCGGUACGGCAUGCUGCGUCUACGACCCUCCGAACUUACUCUGACGCCCGACGAUGUCGACGAGACGUUUCGUCGCAUAGCGCUUCGGCAGACGUCAGGAGCACGCCAACACUGGACCAUGCAGCCUCGCGGACACGCCGGCCGCCCGAUUCUGCGACGCGGCCCGCAGAGGGCCGUCCAGGACGCCGUCACGGUUCUCGGAAACAUACCUAUACUGCAGCCCCAGCAAGCCGCCUUGACCUCGGUGGACGACGCCGGUCACGUGUCCGACGCGGAGCUGGCCCAGUCUACCGUCGACGACACCACUUCCACAGCCCUGACGCCCUCACCGCGCGCGAGAAAUGGCGGAUUAGUAGCCCCGCCAGCCUCUCCAGCCUCCCCGAAACCCGGAACCAUACAGCUUCCAUGGCGCCCCAGACCAGACCGUCAGGAGCUGGACAUGCGCGUCACUUCGGACGAACAGGCCGAGGAUGCGUCUCAUACGCCUCGGAACCAGACGACUGAACUCGCCAUAUUGGAUUCAUUCAGAGCCGUCGAUUUGGAGCAAUCUACCCAGUCGUCUAUGCAAAGUACACCUGGACUGCGAGGCGGGGGGGAUGCACCCGGUGCGCAUACACGUGAUAUUACGCAGAACACUGCCCAUUCGCCCUCACUCUCGCACCAGACAAGAAGACUCGGUUCACCCGCUCAGCAAGCGCCUUUGAGCGACCCCACCAAAUCAUCAAGCAGCUCCACUGGCCAACCCACGCUGUACUUGAGGGGCUAUGUUGCUCGCACACCAGGUGGAGCGCAGUAUCGUUUCCGCGAGCGCCUGCCACACAGCGAGCCACGGCGCAGUAGCAGUCGUCAGACAGCUGUUGCGCGGAGUCUGUCAUCUGGAGCUGCACCGGCCGGCGCCACACGUCCAAGCCAGUCACCUGAUGCAGCAUCUGACGAUGUCUUUGGGACGUCAGAGGCCCCACGCGCAAGCCGUCGAGACUCGUACAACGUGUUCAACCCGGAUCAUUGUGUCUCUGCCGUGUCCAACUUGUCUAGCACGUUGGGAGGCUCGCAGCAGGCAGGCCAAGCCGGCACGAGGCCGAGACAGUCGAGCAGCGAGGCUACCAAUGCCAGCGCGGUGUACUCGUGGUAUGGGUCACUUCCGUCCGAGACUCGGUUUCCAAGUAGUGAGCAUUCUGCGCAAAACGAAGCGUGUUCGCAUGCGCCUCGCUCGGAUGGCUCCACGUACUCUUACGUAGUUGGAUGCAGCCCACAUGGACUUUCUCCUCUUCCAUCGAUGCCGUAUACACGUAUCCAUAAUGAGCCCGCAUCUUCACCGCCGGCAGCUAGCUACGUGGGGGGUGUUUCAGAAGGCUAUGUUGAGGCGGCUAUUGCUGCUGCGAAUGAGCUGCAGUCGCCUCUUGACCCGUAUGCCGAGCACUAUCAACGGCAGCUUGAGGCCCAGCAUGCCCAGCCUUACUUUGGCGCGUAUGCGCAUCCUUCUGUAUCGAGCGUUGGAGGGGCACAGGCGCGGCGGCCUAGCCAUGGCCAGGGCAUUCGGCCUGAUAACGCUGCCGUGUUUCGUCAGGCUCCGCAGCGCCCUUCGGAGCAUCCGGCAUACUCUGCCACGUAUAGCUCGCACGCAUAUGCCAGGAUGGAGCAACGGUCGAGUGAAAACGCUCCCGUCGUGGGGCGAUUCGAGGGCGAUGGAGCUCGACCUGGGCAAGUGCAGAUGCAGAGAGCAGCGUAUGAAGGCAUGCAGAAUGCUGGGCGCACCACGUACUACAGCAACACGAGACGCGGGGUGGCGACGGGGCCGUCCCGUCACAGUGCACCACAGUCGAGCAGGCCAUACGACGUGUCGAACCGAGGUGGUGAGUAUGCCAUGUCUGAUGGGAGGGCGAGCACGGGGCUGGAGCAUCAUGACCAUGGCUCUAGCACGGCACUUGGGCGGCCCCAGCCACGUCAGGCAGCGCACGCACCACCACGUGUCUACGGCACUGCACGGGGAGGGCUGGGGCUGCACCCGGCGCGCGACAGUCCCGUGACGGGCGUGGCGUUUGCGCAGGGCAGCGGCAUGACGAGUAGACGGGGCGGCGAGUCUGGGUUUGUGCGGGCUAGUAGUACGAGAGCGAGUGUGAGUGUGCGGACACGUAGGCGGGUGCCGCGGGCGCAGCGGGAGCAGGAGAAUGACGACGAGGCGGGGGUGAUGCGGCGGGAGGAGGGCAGUGUGCGGGCUCGGCAUGGCGAGGAAGCGCAGCGGGCCAUGUUGAUGAAUGAGACGCCGCCUCGGGUUGGACGAGUGGAGAGGCGCAUGUUGUAGUUUUGUAUUGUCUUGUAUAACUAACAUGGAUAUGAAGAUGGAGUAGACAUGGUAGUUGGGAAUGG